AUGGCCAUGGAUGUUGCUCUUUCCUCCCCAAUCAUGGCAGCUUCAGCCUUUUUGCCUUAUGGGUCUCUGCUGCAAUCACUGAUUGUGUUAGCCAACGAAGUUUGUUUGGAGGAGAAGGCGAGUUUUGUGCAGGCUCGGACCGUUUCAACCAUGAGAAGAAGAAUCAAGCUUCUUGCUUUCUUAUUUGAAGAGGUUCAUGAAUCUAAUUCUCCUCAGCUUCCUCCAUCUUCCCUUGUUUGCUUCACUGAACUCUUCUCUGUAAUCCGAAGAGUUAAGCUUCUGAUUCAAACCUGUGAGGAAGGAAGCUGUCUAUGGAGUUUACUUCAGACAGAGCUCAUUUCCCAUCAGUUCUAUCAGCUAGUGAAGGAGAUUGGGAGAGUUCUUGAUAUUUUACCUCUCAGCUUCCUGAAAUUAACAGAUGAUACAAGAGAACAAGUGGAGCUUCUUCACAAUCAAGCUAAACGAUUCGAGUUUUCGGCCGACGAACGCGAGGUUCGAAGAAGAGAUGAGCUUCUUGAACUAAUGAUGAACAAGAAGAACAAAGAUUUGGCAGAGUUUUUCAGUAGUGUUGGGCUGAGAAGCCUGAUGGAUUGUGAUGAAGAGAUAUCAAAACUGGAAGUAGAAGGUCGUAAACAAGCAGGAACAGGUGGAAUAAUGGUGGUUUCUAAUAUAAACAAUCUAAUUUCUCUUGUUCGACAUGCCAAAACAGUGGUUUUCAGUAAGAAAGAACAAUUCAACUUGAAGUUUCAACAUCAUUCGUGUUCUUCUAUAUCAAUGGAUCAAAUUCCAGAUGAUUUUCGCUGCCCCAUUUCGUUAGAUUUGAUGAGAGAUCCUGUAAUUGUAUCAUCAGGACAUACUUAUGAUCGUAAUUCAAUAGCUCAAUGGAUUGACUCAGGGCAUCAUGUAUGCCCCAAGAGUAAUCAGAGGCUAAUUCAUGUGGCUCUCAUACCAAAUUAUGCACUCAAAAGUUUGAUGCAACAAUGGUGCCUAGAAAACAACGUUAAUUUGCUUGAACCUACAAAACCAUGUUCUUUCUCAAAAACCAACAGCAGUCGAUACCGUUCCGAUGAACCGAUCGAUCACAUUUCGGCGUCGAAAGCCGCCUCCGACGCUGUCAAAAUGACAGCCGAAUUUCUGGUGGGGAAGCUUGCAACCGGAUCACCAGAUGUUCAAAGACAAGCAGCAUAUGAGCUCCGGUUGCUAGCAAAAACAGGGAUGGAUAGCCGAAGGAUGAUUGCGGAGGCAGGAGCAAUACCGUUUCUUGUGACAUUGUUGAGAUCUGGUGAUCCAAGGAUUGAGGAAAAUGCUGUGACGGCAUUGUUCAACUUGGCAAUCUUUAACAACAACAAGAUCCUGAUAGUGGCAGCAGGGGCAAUAGACAACAUAACACACAUCUUAGAAUCAGGGAAAACAAUGGAAGCAAGAGAAAACGCUGCAGCAACAAUAUUUAGCUUAACAAUGGUGGACGAGUUCAAAAUAUCGAUAGGGGCGAGUCCGAAAGCGAUACCGGCAUUGGUGAGGCUCUUGAAAGAAGGCAAUUCAGCCGGGAAGCGCGACGCCGCCACUGCACUUUGCAAUCUAGCUCUUUACAAAGCCAACAAAGCUUGCAUUGUAGGUGCUGGGGCAGUGCCAUUGCUGAUUGAGUUGCUGACAGAUGAGAAGGCAGGCAUAACAGAUGAUGCGUUGCAGGCGCUGUCUUUGGUUUUGGGCUGCUGUGAAGGGCUGCAGGAGAUAAGGAAGAGCAGAGUUUUGGUGCCUUUGCUGGUUGAUCUUUUAAGAUUUGGAUCUCCAAAUGGAAAAGAGAGCUCAAUUACGGUGUUGUUGGGGAUGUGCAAAGAUGGAGGAGAGGAAGUUGGGAGACGGUUGUUGAUGAAUCCUCGGAGUGUCCCUUCGCUGCAAAGCUUGGCAGCUGAUGGAUCAUUGAAGGCUAGAAGAAAGGCCGAUGCAUUGCUAAGAUUGCUUAAUAGAUGCUGCUUUCAAUCUCAGCCAUGUUGA